AGUCUCCGCAGUGUUUGCUCCUGCUGUGUCAUUCUGUCCUUCCCCCUCGCUUGGUCUUCCCGUCCCUCUUCCCUUGGUGGCAGGAUUACAGUACCAGUGUCCUGUUGCUGGCGUGCCCUUGUCUGAGCUUUCUGCCUGACUUUUUUUCUCUGCUCAGCUCUUCUCUUUGCUCCGGUACUGCACCAAGCAUGGAGAAUGACCAGUCUCCCACCUCGCCCGGGCAGGACAUCCAGGGGCAGAGCUGGGACAAACCUGCCCCCAGCUCGCAGCCCCCUGCUCCAGCCCCCGCGGAGCAGCCAAGCACCCGGCCCGAAGCAGCCGUGUGCGACAUCUCAGAGGAGCUGAGCCGGCAGCUGGAGGACAUUAUUAAAACCUACGGGUCUGCCGCGAGCCUGAUGGAGAAGGAAAGCACUGCUACGGGAACCGACAGGCCUGAAAAGGGAGAGCCAGGCAGCGUGGAGGAUGUGGAGUAUGAAGAUGCAAAUGAGGAGAGUGAGAAAGAGAAGCUGGCUCCUGGGGAUGCUUCCAGAGCAAAGGAGCCCAGCGGCAGCAAGGAGCAAAAACUGGAGAAGAAAAUCCUGAAAGGACUAGGGAAGGAAGCCACCCUACUGAUGCAAAGCUUGAACAAGCUGAGUACUCCAGAGGAUAAGCUGGACCUGUUAUUUAAGAAGUAUGCUGAGCUGCUUGAAGAACAUCGCGCUGAGCAGAAAAAGCUCAAGUACCUGCAGAAGAGGCAGGCCCAGAUCACCAAGGAGAAGGACCAGCUGCAGAGUGAGCACAGCCGAGCCAUCCUCGCCCGCAGCAAGCUCGAGAGCCUGUGCCGGGAGCUCCAGAGGCACAACAAAAACCUCAAGGAGGAAACAAUUCAGCGGGCACGGGAGGAAGAUGAGAAGAGGAAAGAAAUAACUAAUCAUUUCCAGGGCACGCUGAGUGAAAUCCAGGCUCAGAUCGAGCAGCAAAGCGAGAGGAACAUGAAGCUCUGCCAGGAGAACACAGAGCUCGCGGAGAAGCUGAAAAGCAUCAUUGACCAGUACGAGCUGCGGGAAGAGCACCUUGAUAAAAUAUUUAAGCACAGAGAACUUCAACAGAAACUGGUGGAUGCCAAGUUGGAGCAGUCUCAGGAAAUGAUGAAGGAAGCCGAGGAGCGACAUCAGAAAGAAAAGGAAUACCUCCUGAACCAAGCUGCGGAGUGGAAGCUCCAGGCCAAAAUGUUAAAGGAGCAAGAGACUGUCCUGCAGGCACAGAUCACUCUCUACUCUGAAAGGUUUGAAGAAUUUCAGAAAACACUGACCAAAAGCAAUGAAGUGUUUGCCACUUUCAAACAGGAGAUGGAGAAAAUGACAAAGAAAAUGAAGAAGUUGGAAAAGGAUACUGCUACGUGGAAAUCCAGGUUUGAGAACUGUAACAGAGCAUUACUGGACAUGAUUGAAGAGAAAGCCAUGAGGUCCAAGGAAUAUGAGUGCUUCGUGCUAAAAAUCCAGAGGCUAGAGAACCUUUGUCGGGCUCUGCAGGAAGAGAGGAAUGAAUUGUACAAAAAAAUAAAGCAAGCACAGUUCCCUGAAGAGGUGAACGGAAUUGGCAUCUUAGAAGAAGAAGAAGAUGCUGACAUGAGCCCGUCCUCCUCUGAGCAGGCGAGCAUUGAGCUGCGCACCACUGACGAGAGCAUGCUGAAGGAGCUGGCUGAAGCUUUCAGGGUGUCCCACAAGGCAGAGGAGUCCCUCCCAAGCAACAGCAGCAAUCCAGAGACCUGUGACGCUCAAACAUGUAAUGCUGUCCUGGUGCCAGGUCUCCCCUCUCCUCUCACCCCACGGUCAGAGGCUGGGAAUCGCUGUGAGCAGCCCGGCACAAGCACGCCAACGCCCACUGAACACGUGCCAGCACCCACUGGGAGCACGCCAGCGCCCACUGAAAAUAUGACAGUGCCCACCGAGAACAUGCCAAAGCCCACCAAAAGCAUGCCUGCCCUCCCAGAAAGGGUGCCAACACCCACAGAAAGUGCGCCAAUACCUCCCAAGAGCGUGCCAGUACCCACAGAGAAUAUGCCAAAACCCAUUGAAAGCAUGCCAGCAACCCCCGAAAACGUGCCAACACCCACACAAAACAUGCCCACUCCCCUUGGGAAUAUGCCAGUACCCACAAAAAGUGCACCAAAAGCUGCAGAAGGUGUGGAUGACCCAGCAGAGCCAUCUGUCCACGGUCAGUCCGCAGAGCAAACAGGGGACACAGACAUGGAAGCAGUGGAUUGAAGACACUGGUGUGUCCAGGCUUGUCUUCUACAAACCACAGCUCUACUUUGUCCUCUAAAUUGAUACCUUUUUUUUUUUUAAAGAAACAAUAAGUGGGUGCUAAAACACACUCACAUAUCUGUAGGCAAAUGUAAUGCACUUCUCUUUGCUACCACUAUCCAGUAAUAAUGGGUCUGCAAAUUUUGCUGUCCUUCAUCUGCUUGAACUACAAUAUUUUCUUAAUGACAGGAAAAUACAACGAAAUUACAGGAUCUUUUUUCCCAGGCAUAAUGAGUCAUCUCAUUCAGCAAAAUAAUUUAAAGUGUUGAAGUUUCAUGUUUCAAAAAUCAUUGCAAUUCACAUACAUAUAUUUAAAGACUCAUAAUUAAUUGUAUCUAUUUGUCAUGAUGUUGCAUAAAAGAUGGCUUACUUGGACACGUAGUGAUUUUAAUAAAUGAGGUGAAAGAAAUCUGUAAUUACAAAGUAAAAUAGUGAAACCAUCGAUGUGGUCAGCCAUAUCCAAGGAGAGGUGCAAUAAGAAAAGGUGAAUUUUUGUAUGACUAAACUACCACUCAGCACUGUGGCCUGAACACCCACAAGCUUUCAGCCUUUCCUUGAAUUGGUUUUUUCUGCUUAGUGCUCUAAAAGAGGCUUUGUUUUCAACAGAACUACAGGGAAGGGGAGAAGAUCUUUUCUAGAUUCCUCAUAAAAUGACCAAAAACAACAGCAAUUUCCAAAUGGAUGGCAAUUCCCAAGGUAGGAGUCACAACCCUCUUUCUGCAUCCAACAGAAACCUGCUAGCUUGUCAUACUAUUUGGGAUCACGAGCCCAACAGAGGGGCUUAUGGCUGUUUCCAGCCCGCAAAUGAGGUCAGACAUUCAGAAGUUGGUUGCAGAUGCCAGCUUCUAGGCUAGGAGCAGAAAGCAGGGUGGAGCUACACUAGAAGGUACCAGGAUGUAUUCCAGAAGAUACUCCUGAGAUCAUGCUUCCAGAUUGUCCCAUCUCUCCUAGUCAUAGCCACGUGAACCUCUUCACCACCGCUUCCUCCUGGCCCUGCUGCAUGUGCUGAUGCUCCCAGAAGAAGGGCGAGCACACUUGCCUGUCACCCCAUUCGUUGGAGUGGAGCACAAGUAAAUAGCCCAGAAGCAAACAGGUACCAGGAAAGCAGGAAUCCCUCUCACAGACACCUUCAGGGACUGACUACAUUCUUAUCCCCUCUCUUGUCUAACGGGCUCUUCCCAUCUGCCUGCCAGCACACCACUGUUUAAUAAUGUAGCCACCUUGUCAGAAACUGGUUGAUUUUGGCAUCAAGAACAAAGAUGAAGAAGGAAGGGGGCAAGAGAGGGUACCUUCCCCGACAGCUGUACGGUCUCAAGCAAGGAGAGUAAGAAGGCUUUUUGGAAGAAGGUUAAAAAAAUCCUGUUGGCACAUUUCUUGUUUCUCAUCCCCUUCCUCCAAAUUCAGUCUAGGCCUUUUGGAGUCUGAGCUGGAUAGCUUAAGAGUUUGAAAAGGCUAAUUAAACAAGAUGUCCAGAGGCUGGAAAGGGAAAUGUUGCAAUCAAACAAACCCAUAUUUAUAGACAAAUCCCAAGAAGCCCCUGAAGACAAAGUGACUCAUUCAAGCCGAAGUUGAAAUACAGGUGAACCAAAAGAAAAGACACCAUCUUUGGCAGACCAUGGGAGACUGUGGUCACAGAGUCCUUCUGGCACACCACUCUCCAAAAGCUCUUUGCUUGCUGCCUACAUGGUCCGCACCCUGGUUGCGUAUGUCUGUGUCUGCACUGCUUGGUCCAGCCUUUUUGAGAGCUAACCGUUGGAGUACACAGAGCAUGAUUUGCAACAGUUUGUUUUGAUAUGGCCUUACGAGUAGCUAUUACGGCUACAGUUUUUAAAUGUGGAUGCCUUACGUUAGAUACCAAGACCGAUGGGAUUUAUUUAAUGUCUUUAAUCACCUGAAAGUAGAUCAUUCAAGUCUUAGUUACCUUAAGCUCCUUUUAUAUGCAGUGGAGAAUAGGCAUCUUUCGAGGACAAGUCAUCUCAUGGUAAAACUGGCAUCCAAGACGGAAGAAAUUACUUUCUCUCUGAAGAUGCCAUUUCUCUUCACUGAUUCUAGAGCCAGCCUAAGACAACUAGCUUAAAUUUAAAAUGUCCAUUAUUAGGUGUCUAAAUUAGGCAAGAUGAAUGCCAUCAAACAUUCAGAUUCAAAGCCCUAAGCAAAUGGCCAUCUCUGAAAACCAAGCCAGUUAUAUGCCUGUGAAAAUGUUAACCUAUAAAAAAUCCUUAUCCCAAGAUAAAAAGCUAUACACACUUGAUUUACUUUUUUUAGUUUCCAUUUACUUUAGUCUGUAGAAAUCUAGUUUCCAUUACAAGUACAAGUUUUGUUUGUUGUUAGGGUGACUUUUAAAAUUAAUGCAAUUUAUAUACCCAUUAAUGAUUUUUUUCUUUCUUGGUCUUGUUUGAUUCGGUUGCCAUUUUAGUAAUUGCCUGCGUGUAACCAACUUCUUUUUCUUCAAGUAGGCCCUUAGAAUGCCUUUAAUUGUUGAAGUUUUCUUAUACAUUCAAAUAUUCAAUUACAUAAUAAUAAUGAUCGACAUGACCAUUAACUUGGUUCCAUUUUGCAUAAUCAUUAUGGUCGCAUCUUUAAUUAUAUAAUUGUUGCCUCAUACCUUCCAACUUCAGCAAGCAGGGAGACAAGGAUCCUACAGAUAAAACCUUCCCACAUAGUCAUGAUUGAUUCUUACAGCAUCAUCCCUCAUGAAUAAUUACACAGCCUUCUGGGAAAAUCACUCCCACUCUAUUCCGCCUUCCUCAUUUUUGCCCUUUUAAUUCUUGCAUCUAAAACUGCACUCACAUACUUGCAAUUCCUAUUACUCUCUGAAUUUCUACCCAUAUACCUGUUGCUUCUCUUCUUCCAUACCAUCUACCAACUGCAUUUUAUCCCAGCAGUUUCCUCCUCAUUCUCAAUGCAUACAUACAUACAACACUGAAAGCACAGGAGAGCAACCAUCACGGCUUUUAGUUCCAGGAUUUGACCUCACAUGUUUGCAAGAGUUAGGGAAAAUUCUGGCUGAUCCCAGGAUGGAUGGAGCAUUUAUAGUCAGACUGUGGGGAUGGUUUAUGUGUAAUCUCACGGCCUAUAGAGCUGUGGGAGGCUGGACUACCCUCAGUAGGGGUGGAAAAUCUAUAAAAUUUAACCAUGCACCUGUUCAUCAUCCAUUGCAUCAGACUGGCAGUUUAAACCACAGUCACCAUCAGAGAUUUCUGUGUGUUAACCUACUUUCUCUCAUUCUUCUUCAACAUUAAUUGCCAGCCUCCUCUUGCUCUCUUCUUGUACUGGUACCCAGUACAAAAGCUGCCUCUGCACGGCAGCAGUGCCCUCGUGAAAAGCCUUGGGAUUGCAGUCUGCACAUCAGCUCCACACUCAAGACACAGAAACCCACCACACUUCUGUGAUCAUUCGGAGGCAGUAAGUAGCAGUGAGACAUGCGUCUUCCCUGUCGUUCAUCCUGAUCAUCAUUCUCCUACUGAUACUGCCAGUCUCAUCAAUCCUGGUGUGUGCUGUGGUUGCCUCCUUUAGUCUUGCUUUUAUUUCACAGUUACUCCCAUACCACCAGGCACAGAUUUGGGUGGAAUAGAGGUGGUGAUUGUAGCUACAUCCUCCUUACUAAAACCAUCCAUUGCUGCGCUGCUUCCAAACCAGCAACAGCCUCUAUUUGCAAAAGUUGCAAGGAAAGAACAAAAUUAUUUUCCCUUUCUGCAUGUCUGAGCUUUGUCACCUCAAAAAUUUAACAGCUCCCCUGCUGAUCAUGUAAAACACAGCAUUUUUCAAUGAGUUUAUCCAAAUGUGAGGGGAUUUUCAUGAUGACAGCUAAAAUCACAUCCAUGAUGCUAACACGACCUUCUCACCUCAUUUCUGAUCCCUGUGGCAGACCACAGUAAUGAUAAAUCUUGUUGAUGAGAGACUAGGAGGAAACAGCUGAUCUGUUUCAGCUUAACUUUUCCCACAAAACUGAACAGAAGUAGGCACAGGCAUGGAAUAUACAAUCCAGAUGACAGAACUGCAGCAGUAGUGCAAGUGACCCAAAACAGGGACAUAUAAUAAAAUAUGGUGCAACUUUUGUUAUAAGCUUCACUAUUAAUGUCAUCUUUAAGUUCACUUUGCCAAACAGAUUGCAACCAACCACAUAUGCAGCCACAGAUUCACACCGCCCCUCUCUCUUUGCAAUGAAUAUCACUGCGCUCGUUAGUAUUGAAUUUAGACUUUUCUUUUUACUUUAUAAGGAAAUUGCAACAGGACUCGUUCCUCUCCUGGGUCCACACACUACCAUUGCCAUUCAUACUAACCUUCAACCAUGACCUUGCUUAGCCAAGGGGCAAGCGUAAGGAACGGAGAUAACCCUGCCCGCAAAUCAGCCCGCCCGGCUGAGGCACCGCAACACAGCACCUGCCAGCUGGACAAGGGAGUCGGGAGGACAGGGAAGGGCAGACAUGGAAAAUGAGUGCUUGCUGCACUGGUGGGCUCCCCUUCCCCUGAAUUUUUUGCACUGACAUGGUCACUACUGUGCCAUGCUUUCUACUCAGAAAAGACUUACCACAUCCCUAUCAAAAAUGCAGGAGGAGACGAUGGUUGUGGCUGUGGCAGGACAGUGCUGGGCCAGCGCUCAAACCUCAGGGAAACCCAGAAAUGUCAACAUCCACAGUCCCCAGUGGCUCACAGCUUCACAUGGCUCACAGCUCAGGUCACCCUGCAGCCCCGGCCACUCAUCACACUUGACCCAACACAGCGAGUCAAGAGGUAAUUGCUCGUGGGCCGCAGAUGGCUGAACCAUGGGCCAGCUCCCCCUCCGCAGGCACGGCAGGGAGCAGUGGAGGAUCUUAAGCUUUGGCCUCAACCUUGAAAGAGGGGUGGCAAAGAAAGAUGCCAGGGUGUAUGCCAUUUGUGAGCAAUUUUGUCAGCAAAGUAGCUUCCACACUCCUUCUUAUAUUUGGAGAUGGUCUGAACGAAAGGGCAUAUGAAGAGUCAAAAGAAGUAAUGGUUCAGAAAUAAGCCCACAAUAGUGUAUUUUACAAUAUCUACAUCACAUGUAUAUGGACAAGGGUCUAAAGGGAAUGUUCUUUACUCUUUGCCCCUACUCAAGGGAGACACAUAAAGUAAGCGUGCCCAGACAGAGCAACUGAAGUCAUGCAUCCAGGCCAGGGCAGUCCUGGAUUUACCCUGAGGAUGCGACAAAGGCAUGCACACACACCCAUUCAUGUUGCCUAAUGAGGCACGUGCUCCGUGUCCCAUAAGGAUGUUAAGGAGGGAACAGCCACACCAUCCUCCCUCCCUGUCACAGCUGCAUGUGGCCCUGACUGGAAGACUGGGAAAAGCUUUACAUCUCCCCGUAUUUGGAUCCUGGCUUUUUUUUUUCUUCAUGCAUCUCUGAUCUGAGGUUACUUUCUCUGUUUAUCCCAUUGAAAAUAUUUUUAUGCUUAAAAGAAAAAAAGGGAGAGGCUUAAGUGCAAGCCUGUCUCUGACAAAGUUAGUAGGAUUCAGCUUUGAGGUGCAGAUGAAACACUUGUGAUCCAGUCUGACAGAAAGGCAGCCUUAGCAAAACACUCUAUGCUCAGCACAAAAAAAGAUUCUAAAGUUGGGCUAAAAUGUUGCACCUUGUGGCCACGAGCCAUGAGACAAAGAAGAGGUGAAGAAAAUAUCUCACAUUCGCUGAUCAAGAAAAUAAGUUCUGUAUUAGUAGAAUAUUCCUUUUUCGGGGGGG